UCCUCGGAAGUAUAGACGCGUUUGUCUAUAUUCCGUUCGUUUUCUUUUUUUAAUCUGUUUUUAAAUCCCCCUAAAUUUGUACAGAAAUGGAGGCGAACACAGAAGCAUAAAGAAAUGCCUCGAUCCGACCUGUUCAUUUACUUGCUCUUAUUUUAAUGGACCGGAUGAUCUCCAAGUCGGACUGCGUUUCCCACAGCCUUGCAGGGGAGGUAGCCGUAUCCAGUGGGGAGGUAGGCUUUUCCAGGGUUCGUGAUGAAGUUUACCGAACCCUCGGAAGGCCGGAAGCUGUCUUUUCUUCUGGAAAAGGCCGCUUCUAGGGAAGCUGAGCUGUGGAGGGGCUAUGUGCCUAAGAAACCAGCUAACCAGGAUACAGAUAUCUCCCCUGCACAGCGUGACGAGGCUGUGCAAUGGCUCACAGAUUUGCACAGACGACUGAAGCUUUAUCCAGAAACCCUUUGUCUCGCCAUCUCCAUCCUGGACCGCUUCCUUUCCACCAUUAAGGCUCGGCCCAAGUACCUGCGCUGCAUCGCCAUCACCUGUUUCUUCCUGGCCGCUAAGACCAGCGAGGAGGAUGAGCGGAUUCCUACUCUGAGAGAGCUGAUCAGCAGCAGUGCUUGUGGCUGCACUCCUUCAGAGGUGUUAAGGAUGGAAAGGAUCAUUCUGGAUAAACUCAACUGGGACUUGCAUGCAGCCACGCCUCUUGACUUCCUGCACAUAUUCCAUGCGAUGGUGUUCAGCUGUAAGGCUGUGCGUUUGGGCGGUGUGUUAUCUGGUCUAAAUCGAUCACAGCACCUGGCCCUGCUCACCCAGGAGUUAAUGCACUGCCUUUCCCAUCAUGCACUGCUGCAGGCGCGUGGCUCCAUGCUCGCCCUUGCCCUCGUCACACUGCAACUGGAGAAACUCUGUCCUGAUUGGCUUGCUCUCGCUGCUGAUGUGCUGCGUAGCACUCGGAUUGACAUCUCGGAGCUGAUCAGCUGCCGAGAGCUGGUAGCACGUUGCCUCUCCACACACACGGCUUCCCUGCCUCCCAACACUGUAUACGUUUGCCAUCCUCUGCAGACCCCUCUCCUUCACGUCCCUGGCCUUGCUCUGCCCCCUCCACCGCUGCGCAGGAAGCCCUCGACCAAGCGCAAGGUGGAGCAGAUGGAUGUGGACGAAUACUUCGAUGGCAUCAAGCGCCUGUACAAUGAGGAGGAGCUAGGAGGAGGAGGUGGCGUGAAUUCGGGACAUCAAUCCACAAAGGGCGCUUCCUCGCCGUGCCCCGCACUUCAGCCUGCCACUGUCUCCUAGCAACACGACGGGGUUUUAAAAAGGCCAGUCCGCAGUUAGGACAGCUUCCAUUCGUCCCGAUGAGCAGAAAAGAGCCAAAGCGUAAUAUUUCAUAAGCUGCAGCUUAUUUAUAACCACCUGUUUAGCUUGAUCACAGUCAUACUUCAGAAAAAUUCUACAAAAAAAAAAUCAAUAUAAAGAAAAAAUUCAUUAAAAAGUAGAAAGUACGUUUCCCUCAAACCAACCUGUGGUAAAUCACUGCAUCUGUAUAUCUCUGUUGUUUUGUCUGGCAUAUCUCUGUGAAAUAUUUUAAUGUCAUUGUAUGUAUGCAUGUGUGUGUUUCCACUUGAAAUUUAUUUUGUGCUGUUUCUUUCCAUGCACUUUUUUACUUCUCUUAAAUGAAGUGCAUAUCUCUCCUAAAUGUAAACGUAACUACGGAUUAAUGAUAGAUUUAAAAAAUUAGGAUUUGAAGAAUUAACAAUAUUUUUAAAUUAAUGUGCCCCCUAAAAUAUUUAAUAUAAAUGAAUUUGAUUUAUUUGCUCCCUCUCUUAGAUUGCCUUUAUUGUCUUGGCUGUAAAGCCUCUCUGUUCCUCUUUUAUACUGUGGCUUUGCCAUGAUUUAAAGUGUGUGUGUGUGUGUGUGUGUAUGGGGGUGUCCAUAUGAGUGGUUUAAAGGUGACGAUUUCCCUAUCAUUCUACUAAGAGAGCAUUAAAUACGGCAUUUGCACCAUGUAAUAUGCACCAUCCCAUCAUACACAGCACAGGAAACCGGUUAGUGUUGUUUAGAAAGAAAUUAUAACCUUAGGAAACAAGAAAAUGAUGAAAAAAUAUAAAAAAACUUGAAACUCAAUUAAAAAAAAAACAUUAGACUAUCAAUGAUUCCUUCUUACUCUUAAUAAUCUACCAUGUUUAUUGUUUGGCUCUGUUCUUCUCUCGAGAUGGGUGGAUGACUGUACUGCUGAAACAUCAACAUAAGGGUUCAAAUAAAUGGAACCAGUUUGCUACACUG